AUGGCUAGCACUGACGAUGUAAAUUUCGAGCUUCCCAAACUGCGCACUUCCUUCUCUCUAGAGAAUGACACCAGGUUUCUCGGCAGUGAUGAUAACAUUGCAGAGUUCUUUGACGUCAAAUUCUGUCCCUACCAGCCACUGGACCAUGAGCCCGUCUUUGCUGCGAUCAGUAAAAAACAUGUGAUCAUCUGUCGACUCACCAAGGACCCAAAUGAAUCUAAUCCAUGUCAAGUUAUCAAUGUCAUACGAGACGACGAUGAUGAAGCCGCUAGUUGUUGCUGCACUUGGACGAUGGAUACUCUGCAUGGUAAGCCGUAUAUCUGCAUUGGCGGCGUGGAUGCCAAAGUCAAGAUAUACGACGUGAUUGAUGGACAGUUGGUCGAGUGCUUUGUCGGCCAUGGCGGGGCUUUUCACGAAACCGGCCGAUAUCUUUUAUCGGGUGGUCACGACCAGAUCAUUAAUCUAUGGACUAUUCCCGAUCUCCCCAAUGAAUCAAUAGCUACGCCUCUGCAGGUUCAUUAUCCUCACUUUUCAACUUCUGCAGUCCACAGCGGCAUUGUUGACUGUGUCUCGUUUUAUGGGGAUCUCAUCCUGUCUAGAGCAUGCCACGACGAUGUUAUCGUGUUAUGGAAGAUCGAGGGAUUCUCCUCGGACGAUCCUCUGCCAGCCCAAAGCACUGCCCCUACGCCACAAAACGUACUCCCGACAAACUAUGAGGAUCCCGGGCGACUAACGCGAUCUGCCUUUGUCCCUUUAACAUCUCCUCAGUGCCCAGUCCAAUAUACACGACUGUUAGCGUUCCACACUCCGAAUUGUGGACCUCAGUUCUUCAUGCGCUUCAAGCUACACCAUGUUCCUAAUCAGAACCCGGUGCUUGCGUUUUGUAAUGCCGCAGGUAACAUAUUCUUCUGGGAUUUAAAACGCCUGACGACUCACCGCGAUGUCAUGUCGGCGCUGGCGAAUUCCACUGACAAAAACAAACCACUACAACUACCAAGCUGGCAGAAACCCGUAAUUCCUCGUGCAAAGGCAGAUACUUCAAGUAAGCCUCGAGCAACAGACAGUGACCAAGAUCCUUCGACUCCGGUAUAUAUCAAUCAGAUAGACUCUUAUGAAUUCAGCCCAGAGACACUAGAAUCAUGGGCAACGAAAUAUAGCAUGGAGGAUGCUCAUGAGCCGUUGCGACACCAUAAGAUAGAGUCGUCAUCGGCCAACUUUGUGGGCAGACAGGCGUCAUGGAGUCCUGGAGGAGAAUGGUGUGUUGUAGUUGGAAGCUCCAAUACUGCCUUGCUGCUGCAGCGUUGGGCUUCGAAAUAG